AUGGAGAUGAACGGUUCAGACUCAGCAAAGACUCCUCCUCAGAAUGGCAGCAGCCGUUCAAGUAAAGGGGGCCUCAGGACGAUGCCUUUUAUCAUAGCAAAUGAGGCGUUAGAGAAGAUUGCAAGCUAUGGACUUAUCCCAAAUAUGAUAUUGUACUUGAUAACAGUAUAUCAUUUUAGUGCUGCAGACGCAACUACCAUUUUGUUCGUAUGGGGAGCCAUCUCCAACUUCAUGCCAAUCUUCGGUGCUUUUCUUUCCGAUUCUUACUUUGGUCGAUUCCUCGUCAUUUCCAUCGCAACUCUUACCACCCUUUUAGUGAGUAUUCUUUAA